GUCGACAAGAUCAAAUAUUAGAACAAGCUAUCAUCGAGCACUAUCAAUCUUCAGAUAUUCAGAUAUUAGACUAUUAUUCUAUUAUAUUAGAUAGAUGGUGCUGACUGUGCUACUCAUAUCUAAUUGCUGAUACAGUUGCCCACUUUAGACAGGUGUACGUGUUCAGUAAAGUUACAUAAUGGCUUUGUAUAGAGAUAACAAAACUGUACAAGAUGAAAUGCUGUACAAAUGGAAAUGUGAACAAGAUGAGUUAAAACAGAAUUUAAGCACAAAAGAUACAUUCGCAUGGCAGAUGACUAGUAACUUCUGCAAUGAAGAAAAGGAGAGGGAGCCACCCAGCACACCAAAUCCAUGUCAAACGUGUGAUCCAUCAUCACAUGCCCAGAAAACAGUUCUUCAGUACAUAGGGGGUGUUGACAUAUCAUUUGUGAAAGGAGAUGAUGUAAACGCUUGUUCAGCCUUAGUUGUGAUAGCCCUUCCUUCCCUAGAGGUUGUUUAUGAAGAUUAUGAGAUGAUACAAUUAGACACGCCAUACAUACCAGGAUACCUAGCAUUCCGUGAAGUUCCCUUUCUUGUGGAGGCAUUUGACAGAUUGAAGGCUAAGGCCCCACAGUUUAUUCCACAAGUUGUUUUGGUGGAUGGAAAUGGAAUAUUACAUCCAAAAGGUUUUGGAUUGGCUUCUCAUCUGGGAGUAUUAAUAGAUAUUCCUACUAUUGGAGUUGCCAAGAACUUCUACGCUACAGAUGGCCUGUUAAAAGAUGAGGCAUACCAGGAAAAGGUGAAACAGCUAGAAACAGGACAAGGAUUUCCCUUAUUUUCAACAGAAAAUGAUGUGUUGGGACAGGCUUAUCUACCAAAGACAGACUUCAGUAAACCCAGCAAGCCAAUCUACAUAUCUAUUGGGCAUAAUAUCUCAUUAGAGACAGCCAUCUGGGUGGUUCAGUUGUUAUGUCAGUACAGAGUCCCAGAACCAACUAGACAGGCUGAUAUAAGAUCUCGAGAAGUCAUUCGCAAAUGGAUCAAAUCACAUAACCCAUCACAAGACAUAUCCAUGAUUACAGAGAACUGAUCCAGGAAAUAUAAUGUCAAAAAUGGUGAAUAAUAGGACUCAUCAGUCCAUGUGGUUUUGCUUUGCCAGUUGAAAAGCAGUUCCU